UACCUUUGUGCCUAUCCAGACCUUCUGACUACGAAAUCAGUUGAGGUCCAUAUGGAUCUUCGCUGACUAAUCAUAAUAAUCCAGCACGUAGGCAACCUUGGUAGCAUUUCAGAUGGAUAUUAAGUUCCUUGGUCAAUUUGUCUAAAACUCGAAACGUAAAGCGCAAGUAGCAUGAUCACACGAUGGGGAACAGAAAUGUACUUCAUUUGCUGGUAUUCAUGUUGGUAACAUGCUCUGUUGGUGAAGUGCGUUGUGCUAUCAUUGGCGAACGAGGAAGUAGUCUAAUAUUAAAUCCACACACAAGGGGUACGUUGGAAGAAAUCGUUUGGACACAUAAUGGCAACAAAGUGGUGGACUACGAUCAGCAACAAAUUGUACAAUUUGAUCCUUUUAAAAAACGGAUUAUUUUAGAUCUCCGUUCAGGAGAACUAACUAUAAAGAGGCUACAGGCAGGCGAUGACGGUGUUUAUGAGUCCACCGCUGUUGUAGAUGGGAAGACACAGUACUCUAAACACAAUCUUCAAGUCAUUGACACUGUUCCACAGCCGAAAGUGACGUGUAAAGAAGCCGACCCGGGGGCGGAGGAGGAGACGCUCCUGUGCAGUGUGGAUGUGGACAUCCCUGUGACGUACAGGUGGAGGGGGCCUACGGUGUAUGACCAUCCAGGCGCACAGCUCCGGCUUGGCAAAGAGGAGGACCCUGACUCAACUUUCACCUGCUUUGUGAAGAAUGAAAUCAGCGAGAAAUAUGUUUCGUUCACUCUAAGAGACUGCCAGCCAGGUGGCAUUUCUCCCGGCAUCAUUGCUGCAAUUGUCCUGUCUGUCAUAUGCGCUCUAUGCCUGUUAAUUCUGAUCCCGCUCUUGGUUUGUAGAGCACAGAAAAAAAAACCAAGAAAGAACCAGACAUACAAUCAGGUGGACAUUGAAAAUGGAGAGAGCAAAAACUUGCUGUCAGCAGGGGUGCCAACAGACAAUGACACAGACGAAGGGGGAAAGAAGAGGAAAGCGAAGGGGCUGUUUCGUGCUGUGCAUCGCAAAGAGAAGAGUGGUUCUGGCCUUGAAGACACAGACAAUGAGGAAAAUACCUCUUUCUCCUUACGAGCAACCCUUCCAAGCCAUGCUAAACUAAGGCCUGCUAGAGCAGUACAUGAACGAGCAAAUGGCACUCGUGAAGCUAAGGACGUCAACAGUCCAGACAAAUCUACAGUCAACGGGUUGCAGCAAGAAGAUCAAAGAGCUGAAAAAAGCAUACCUGUGUCUGUAGAGAUGGCCACACUGGACCAGAGAGCUGUGGAGGUUCAACCAGAGUUACAUGGUACAGAAUCAGCACCAGCUGUCAUUUCUACCUUCUCAUCUAGUGCAGAAGAGCCUGACAUGCAACUGGAUGCUGUAAAUCACAGCAAAGAUCAGCCCAUGGAUGAGGACGAGGAACUUCCUCAUGGUAGUCCAGAGGGUCUGCCCGAAGAAAUCAAAACGUAUCAUUCCCACAACGUCACUGUCACGAUUGAGGGAAAAGACAGAAGGGAAAGCUAUGAGGAAGAAGAGGAGAAUGUGAGUGGCACAGAGAGAGGCACUGAUCUGAUGUCUGAAAGUGGAGCAACAGAGGAGAGAGAAGGAAAUAGGCCGCGGACAGACACGGAAAAUAGUCAGGAGGAGGAGAGUCUAAAACAAGGAAUGGUAGGGGAAGAUGUGCAUUUGCCUGUUCAAGUGAACCACGAGAUGGCUGUGGAAGAGAGUUCUGUGGAUAAUGAAAAGAAUGUUGAGAUUGUCCAUCCUAUUCAAAUUGAAGAGGGGGAAGCCAAUGGCAGUGAGCUGAAGGAAGAACUUCCUGAGGUAAAACAGGAUCUUCAGGAGCAUCUAAAGGAGGAUACUCGAAAGGAUGAAAAAGAGAAUGAACAGGAUGACCAACAUGAAGCUGAGCUGGACCCUCAGACAGACAGCUUAGGAGAGGAAGAGGAUAGUAGUACAGCACAGGAGAGAGGAAGGACCACUGAGGAUGAGGACGAGGAAGAGGACAUCUUAACCAAAGAGCAGCCUCUUAGAGAAAAUGAACAUGGCAGUAGAACUCCAGAAGCUCAGGAGAAGACGGAGCCUGAUGUGCUACAGGAUCAGACUAGGGAUGGAGAAGAACAGGAGCCACAUGUAAACAAAAGUUUAGAUGAGGAAAGGACUGAAGAGUAUGAAGGAGAGGAUAGCAAGAUGGAUCUAGAGAGGAAAUGUCCUGAUGAGAGAGAAAGGGAAAUAGAGAGUGCAGUAGAGCAGGGUGAUGGUGUGGACGACAACACAAAUCAAAGAGAGGAGAACGAGUUGAGGCCUGAAGACGGGCACGAAUCCGAUGAAGACACAGUAAGUGUGAAUAGUGAGCCGGAGUACCAACUUUUGAGGGAGGGUAGUGAUACCAGUUUGGAGGAGGAGCAGCAAAUUGAUUGUCAAGAUGUCAGCGUGACUGAUGAAACGAAUGAUGAGGAAAGUGAGAUUAAGUCAGAGACAAAAGCUAAUGCUGCAGUGGAAGAUAAAAAACUGGAGGGACAGACACUAUUGAAGGAAGAGGAAGAUCAAACAAUGCCUAAAGAGGACACUGUUGCAAUAAAAGAACGGGACAGUUUGCCUGAAGACCUGGACAGUUUACCUGAAUACCAAGAUCAUCAAGAUGUCAGUGUGACAGAGGAAAAGACUGAUGAAGAUAGUGAGAUAAAGGUAGAGAAUGGAGGGGUAGAAAAUAAUACUCAAUUGGAAGAGAAACAACAGGAAGAACAGAACCCACUGAGGCAAGGUGAAGAUGACUGCAUGCCUAAAGAAAAGCCUGUAGCUUUAGAGGAGCAGGACCGUUUACCUGAAGACCAAAGGAUUGGUAAAGAUAUCAGUGAUAAUGAUGAAACUCAAGAUGAUAAUGAGCAGGAUAUAAAAACAGAAAUGAUUAACAACCAUGGCCAGGCUAAGGAUUUACUGGAGAAAGAAUUCAAGGAAGAACAGACCGAACAAGACCAACAGCUGAAAGAAUUCAAGGAAGAGCAGUCCAAACAAGACCAACAGCAAAAUGACACAAACAGGCCUGUACUUCAUGAAAAUGUUGAGGAAGACGAGAAGACUGACAUUGAAAAAGAAAAUGAACACAGCCAGGAGGAAGAUAGACAAAAAGAUGUGCUGCCCAAAUCUGAAUCGGAAGAGGAAGACAUGGACACAUCAGGUCAGCUACAGAAUGAGGAACACUUGGAACGUGAGGGGGGAGAAGAGGAGAGGGGGCAGCAUGUUGACACUAAUCUGGAGGGAAGACAAGAUGAUAAGAACAUUCCUGACAGUGAUGGAGAGCAGGACCUUGAGGAUGUUAGACAGACCAAUGACAUGCAUUUGGCAAAAGAGAAGAGUGAAGAUGAUGCUCAGCUAAAAGAGGUCUGUAAACUGGAGAAGGGAGAUGUUUGUGAGGUCAAUGCUGACAAAGUCCAGGAAGAUCCUGCUGAAGAUAAUGAGAAAGUAGUGGAUGAAAAGAAACACCAUGGGCCUGAAGAUCAAAUGGCUGAAGAUGUGUGUGAUCUGAGUGAGAUUGAAAACCCUUACCCAGUAGGGGAGAAGGAUGAGGAGCGAAUGCAAGCCAGGACUGUGAAAGAUGGACAGAAGGAUGAUCUACACAACAGCACUUCUGAUGAAAAUAAAAAUAAGGUGGAUGAAAAAGACGUUGAGAUGAAUCUUAACAGGGAGCCAGACAAGGAGACAUUGCUGGAAGAAGAAAGAGGGGACACUGUGGUACAUCAAGGACAGACAGAUGGAGAACAGCUCCAGACUGAGGUUCCAGGACAACUACAGAAUGAGCUGAGCCAAUUGGAACACCAUGAUGAUGAUGAUGAUCCAGUGAAGGGCAAAGGCCUUGAGGAAGAUGAUCAAAUGAAACAUCAGAUGGAACAACUACAUAGCAAAAAUGAUGAAAACAAUAAGGAUGGGAGAGACAUAGUCCCAGAGAAUGAGGAGAGAAACGAUUCUCAAUCAGAAAAGGAGAGAAAGGAAAAGGUGGAGAUGCAUCAAGAUGGCAUAGGUCAAAGUCAGACAGAGCAAGUUAUUGAGUCAAGCCCACAAAAGCUGAAACAAUCAGAGGAGAUUAAAGAUUUAGAGGAAAAGAAGGAAUUGUAAGUAGAACAGUUUAAAAGGAAAAAGUAGUCUAAUGUUCAGAAAUGUCAAAUUUAAUGAAGGAUAUUAAAUUAAUCUACAUGUAAAUAUAUUAACUUUUUUCAUUUUAGUGUUUACAAUAUGAAUGUUUCUUAAAGUGAUUUAAUAGUUAAA